AUGAAUGGAGGUCAGGCCGAGGCGAGCGGCUCAGGCUCAACAAGCACAGCGCAUCAGGUGCUUCGUGCUGCUCUCGAUGCCGACAAGGUGCCAGAUACACAGGUCGCACAGUACUAUCGAGAGAGGCUGCAAGACCGUCGCAUCCAGAUCACCAACCUCGAUCGUGCUCGACCCAAAACCGGAGGCAACGAUGUCGAUGCUCGUCUUCGAGCCGAACGCAAGCUUGUAAAACGCAAGAGAAGGGUCAAAAGCGAGCUAUCGGAGCUCAAGAGGUUGCGAAUUGCUACGACUCGCUCUACCAGGUGCGCAGAUUCUGAUCCCACACCAUCCGCGACGCUUCCAGAAACAGGACUGGACGACGAGGAGAUUGCGACAAAAGAGUCGGUUAAAGCCAAGCAGCGCCUGCUGUCGGACGCGACCAAACAGCUCAAACGACUGCAAUCCGCACCUCGGCAUCGAACAAAUCAAGCCAAGAAACUCGAGCCGGCUUCCCGAAAGUCACUCAACCGCUCCCAGCGCAAGCGUAUGGGGCUCGAACAGGUCGAUGCCAACAUCAGCUACCACCUCGUCAAACCGUUGCACGACAUGUGGCGCUCCUACAUCCAACAGCUGCUCAACAUCGUGGCUAUGAAUGGCAAAGGUCAGCUGGUACCCAAUGCGCAAUUUGACGCAAAGAAUCUUGCCACCAUGUCGUCGGGGACGGUGAGUGCUGCGCAGGCAUCGCUGAUAAAGGCGGAUCUGUGUGGAGCGGAGAUCGAGGUGGUUCGCGCGGCGAACCCGUCGCUGGUGUCGCAACGCGGUCUCGUGGUGAAGGAGACCGAGCAUACGUUGAUCAUUGCCAUCGAGCCGUCAACGGAUCAUGGCGCGGGGAGAAAGGAGUCGACCCGAACUAUACCCAAGAAGAAUGCCGUGUUUGCGAUCAAGGUCCCUCUGGCGACGAGUCAGACCUCAUCGGAUCCCGGAUACCUUCGGUUCGAGCUGCACGGCAACCACAUGAUGCACACUUUGCCUUCGAGAGCGACUCGCAAGUACAAGGCUCGACCUACGAUCGACUUUUGA